GAACCAGUGCCUUGAAAAAUGUUCCGGAAAAUCGUGAUGCUCGCCCUUUGUUCGGGUACAUACGCGUUACUCGACAGUGAUAUUGAUUUAGCCGAUGGGGUGAAAUUAGUAAAUGUGCCUAUAUCUAAUAGCUUGGAGGAAUCUGGGCGAUCGCUCGGCGAUUCUAUGUUGUUUAGAAUGGCGAAGUUUCUACAAGGACAUGAGUUGCACGUAAAAUUGCCGAAUCUGAUCGAAAAGGAUAAGCUUAGUCGGGUUUUCCAGGAAUCACUGAAGGUUGUUGACGAGUCGUAUAAGGAAAGCAAUGGUACAGGGCGUGGUAAGGGCGAUGGCGGAGGUUCAAUGGCCUUAUUAGGGCUCAUGUUCGCGAAAACCCUAGGGGCUGCUGGAAUCGGCGGUUUGGGAUUGCUCACGAUGAAGGCGUUAGCAGUGUCAGCCCUCGCUUUAUUGCUGUCAGCGAUUGUUGGUGUCAAGAAGUUGACCUCUCAUGAUGAUCACGACGAUCACCAGGUGAUAUACGCUGGCCACCAUGGUCAUCAUAGACGGAGACGAGAAAUAAUCACACCUCUGCCAUACCAGGGAUGGACUGAGUACCAGAAUUAAUAGUUUUUAAUGCUUAUUUAUUUGUAAAUAAAUUAUUUAUUUAAC